GCCAGCGCUCCCUGUCUAGGCGGAGUGUGGACGUGGCAGAGCCUGAGAAGCCCAACUUUACGUCAUUUCCGGUAGGAACUGGAGGCGACGCUUUCUGGAAGCGGACGGGAAGUGAGUGAAGGAGCCGGAACUGGAGGAGAGAGAACCAGUCUGGGGAUGUACACAAGAUGAACGUAAACCAGCCUCAUAUAGCAACACCUUACAUGCAGCCUCUGCCCCAAGGAUACCAGCAGUCAGGCUAUGGGGGACAACCAAUGCCAGGGGGGCCUCAGUAUCCGGGGUAUAAUGGGCCUGGGCAUGGAUACCCACAACAAGUUCCCUCCCAAGGUUUCUCUUCUAGUUCAGGAUUCCCUCAGAAAGGGUCUCCUGAUACUUUCACAUCUGGCACUUCUUCUCCUAUUACCUCUCACUAUAUAGGUCCCGUGAGUUCUCCACCAACAUCAGGUGCCCCAAAUGCAGCAGGAAUGUCCCUUCCUUCAGAGCAGAUCCAGUACAACCAAUAUGGUGGCCAGGGUGACAUGCAGAAUGGACCAGCAUCUAUAAGCAGUCAGAUGCAGAGACCACCUGUAUCUCAACCAUAUACGCAAACAGGAACUCUACCACAAGCAACAAAUUUCCAACAAUACCCUCCAUCCUCAACCAGUAGACAGCAGUUAACUAACCAAAUGAUGGCCAUGCAUAUUGGUGGUGUGCCUGCACCUGCUCCACCACCAACAGCAACUAGUUUUGGUUCACAGAAUACUCUUCCAACGUCCACUGGAAGUUUUCCUGACUCUGGUGCUUACAACCCAUACUCCAGUAGUCAAGGUUCUGCUGCCAUGAAUUUGUCCCAAGGAAUGCCUCCUACUAGUUUACCGCAAGUCCAGCCUCCUCCAUCCCACCAAUUUUCUGGACCCCCUGCUCCACAACGGCUUCCUUCCCCACAGGCAUUUCCAUAUCAGCCAGCUGCACCAGCCUCUCACUACACCCCACCUAUUUCAGGAGGUCCUUUACCACCAUCUGGACCACCUUUACCUCUUCCGAACAAUAUGCCACCAGCUCAAACCAUACAAGCUGUUCCUGGAAUGAUGCCAGGUCAAGGACCUCCUCCUUCAAUGCCACCACCUGGAGCAUAUAAUCUUAAUCAGAACGGUUCGUCCGGGCAAGUAAGGGGUCCACAGCCUGGAGCAUAUCCCCGUGCCCCCAAUUAUGGUAAUCAGCCUGGUCCAUCAGGCCCUCCUGCUCCACCCCCUCCUGCACAGAAGAGGCUGGAUCCAGAUUCAAUCCCUAGCCCUCAACUUAAUGAGCUGCCACCCCAGCAGAAAACAAGGCACAGGAUAGACCCAGAUGCAAUUCCCAGUCCAAUCCAGGUAAUAGAAGACGAUAGAGCUAACAGAAGUUCUGAGCCUUUUAUCACCGGAAUGAGGGGGCAAGUUCCACCACUUGUUACUACUAACUUCUUGGUUAAAGAUCAAGGAAUUGCAAGUCCACGUUAUAUAAGAUGUACUUCAUACAACUUUCCGGCCAGUUCAGAUAUGGCAAAACAGUCCCAAGUUCCACUUGCUGCUGUUAUUAAACCUCUGGCAACGUUACCAUUGGAUGAGGCCCCUCCUUGUGUGAUUGAUCAUGGUGAGAGUGGACCAGUUCGAUGCAACAGAUGUAAAGCCUAUAUGUGCCCUUAUAUGCAGUUCAUUGAGGGUGGGAGGAGAUUCCAAUGUUGCUAUUGCAGUUGUGUCACUGAAGUGCCGCCUCACUACUUUCAGCACUUGGAUCACACUGGAAAGAGAGUAGAUUGUUAUGAUAGACCUGAACUGUCAAUGGGAUCUUAUGAAUUCACAGCAACUAUGGAUUACUGCAAGAAUAAUAAAUUUCCAAACCCUCCAGCCUUCAUAUUUAUGAUUGACGUGUCGUACAAUGCUGUAAAGAGUGGUUUGGUUUCACUGAUCUGUGAAGAGCUGAAGCAACUCAUCGAUUAUCUGCCCAGGGAAGGUAACAUGGAGGAAUCAGUGGUAAGGGUUGGGUUUGUAACCUACAACAAAGUUCUUCACUUCUAUAAUGUGAAAAGCUCUCUGGCACAGCCACAGAUGAUGGUUGUUUCUGAUGUGGCUGAUAUGUUUGUCCCCUUGCUUGAUGGAUUUCUUGUCAAUGUGAAUGAAUCAAGAACAGUCAUUACCAGUUUACUAGACCAGAUUCCAGAGUUGUUUGCUGACACAAGAGAAACAGAGACUGUUUUUGCACCUGUUGUUCAAGCUGGUUUAGAAGCCCUGAAGGCAGCAGACUGUGCAGGAAAGCUUUUUGUUUUUCACACAACUCUUCCUAUUGCUGAAGCACCAGGGAAGCUGAAGAACAGAGAUGAUAAAAAGCUUCUCAAUACAGAUAAAGAAAAGACCCUAUUUCAACCUCAAACAACAUUCUAUAAUAACUUGGCCAAGGAUUGCAUAGCUCAGGGCUGCUGUGUGGACCUUUUUCUCUUUCCAAAUCAGUACCUUGAUGUGGCCACACUUGGUGUUGUUCCUUACCAGACUGGCGGUUCCGUUUACAAAUACACUUUCUUUCAGAUGGAAACUGAUAAGGAGAGGUUUUUGAAUGACCUGCGCAGAGAUGUCCAGAAAGAUAUAGGCUUUGAUGCAGUUAUGAGGGUCAGAACUAGCACUGGUAUCCGGGCAACUGACUUUUUCGGGGCCUUUUACAUGAGUAACACCACAGAUGUUGAAUUGGCAGGACUGGAUUGUGAUAAAACCAUUACCGUUGAAUUUAAGCAUGAUGAUAAACUAAACGAAGAGAUUGGCGCCCUUCUCCAGUGUGCUGUCUUGUACACCAGUGUUGGAGGUCAGCGCAGACUUCGUGUACAUAAUAUGGCAUUGAAUUGCUGCACACAGUUGGCAGAUUUAUAUCGAAACUGCGAGACUGACACGCUUAUUAACUACUUUGCCAAGUUUGCAUACAGGGGAGUCCUAAAUAACCCAACAAAGACUGUUAGAGAUACCCUUAUCAAUCAGUGUUCGCAGAUCCUGGCCUGUUAUCGCAAGAAUUGUGCUAGUCCUUCAUCUGCUGGACAGCUGAUCCUCCCAGAAUGCAUGAAGCUGCUUCCUGUCUACCUGAACUGUAUACUCAAAAGUGAUGUGUUGCAGCCUGGUCCUGAAGUGACCAUUGAUGACCGGGCCUAUAUCCGCCAGUUGAUUUCUUCCAUGGAUGUUGCAGAUACCAAUGUCUUUUUCUACCCAAGACUUUUGCCCUUUUCCAAAGUAGAUCCUACCAGUGAUUCUCUGCCUGUGGCUAUCCGGACCUCAGAAGAACGACUCUCCAAGGGCGACAUAUAUAUACUUGAGAAUGGCCUGAAUUUAUUUAUCUGGGUUGGUGCUAAUGUGCAGCAGGCCCUAAUCCAGAACCUUUUUGGCGUUUCUUCUUUUAGUCUCAUAGACUGCAACCUGAGUGCUUUACCAGUCUUGGACAAUCCAGUUUCCAAUAAAAUGCAUGCCAUUAUCACCAUGUUCAGAGCACAGAGACCGCGAUACAUGAAGUUGCUGGUCGUCAAGCAGGAUGACAAGCUCGAGAUGUUUUUCAAACAUCUGUUAGUAGAAGACAAGAAUCUAAAUGGAGGCGCUUCCUACGUCGAUUUCCUUUGUCACAUGCACAAGGAGAUCCGACAGCUUCUAAGUUAGAGCUAAGAAGAAAUGAUGAUUUUCACCUACAGUGACAUUGGAGAUAUUAUGCUAUCCACCUUGGUCUUUUUACUAUGCUACUACAACCAGGACACCAAAUAACAGAUGUGCUCUCAGAUUGGUCCUCCCUUGUCUUUAUUUUAAAUGAUUCCCUUCCUUCACAGAUUUUCCUAUCUUUCCCUAAAUUAAAUGAAAAACUUAAAUUAGAAUUGUUUACUUCCCAAAAUGGGUCUUAACAGAGACCUGAAAAAUAUUUUCAAACAAUGAUACCUAGUUCUGUCUAUAAAACCAUUUAUACUGAGGACUGUACAGGUCCCUAAGUGGACAUCUAUUGCAACUUCUACUGCUAAUAUAAAAAGGAAUUUUAACUUUGGGAGGAGCUUGUGGAAUCACUGCAGAACAAAAAAAUAUUGUCAUUUAUUAGAUUGGAUUAAAAAGGAAUGAGAAGAGAUGUUCUGAUUGCUGUAUUUAUGCUUAGAAAGUCUCAAUAACAAGUCUGAAACAUCAUCACUUUAAUGUGCGUUCAUGACAAACCCGAUUUAUUAAAAUUGGGGUAUUUUUUUUUUAAUUAGUUUUUAAGGAUUGUAACACAUGACCACAUGGUUUAAAGAAUAAAUCUAUCUCUCAUCA